ACGCAAUUUUGCCGUAGGCAGGUUCGCCAUAUUGGUCGUGUCCAUCGCAAAGCGCGUGUGGAGUUUGAAGUUAUUACUGCAAGUCUCGAUUCCUACGUGAAGCAAGAAUCAGCGAAGAUGUCGUACAAAGGAGGACCAGGCCAAAAAGUUCAGAAGGUUAUGGUGCAACCCAUUAACCUGAUUUUCAGAUAUCUACAGAACAGGGCUCGGAUUCAGGUUUGGCUUUACGAGAACGUCAUCCUUCGAAUUGAAGGCCAUAUUAUUGGCUUCGACGAGUACAUGAACUUGGUUUUGGACGACGCUGAGGAAAUCUACACAAAGACUAAGCAGCGGAAGCAAGUUGGUCGAAUUCUUCUCAAGGGUGAAAACAUUACAUUGAUCAUGAGCACCCAGAGCAUGUGAAGGGGAAACACCAUGAACGACGGUUCUUUGUAAUGCUGGCUGCAUUUUGUUUUGUUAAUCACUUUCAUAUAAAGGCAAUGAGGUGACCAUUCAUUUGUACUUUUAUUCAACUCAUUAAACCUAUUUUGGUUGUCA